AUGGGAUAUUUGGUGGUCAUUGGAGUUAUAGCAUGUGUUGCAUACGGAAUAUUGCAGGUGGUCUCGACGGUAUUACCACGGUUGUUGUUGGUUCCAUCGCAGAAUUGGCAGGAUAAAAUAAAGAAGGAAAUAGAACAGCCAAUGGUGAGAUAUUUGAAGGUUGGGAAUAAGAGGUCGAGUUACAGGCGGCGGCUUGUGCUUGCAAGCAAGCAGCCGUCAUUUUACACUAAUUUUGUGAAUAACAAGAUCAAGGUGGCGCUGGUGGACCUGCAAAACGACGAGGGAGAGUUUCUAGCCGAGAUGAAGAAGCGCGAUGUCCGGGACCCUCAGCGGAAGAUUAUCUAUGGGUUUUUCCAUCCGUAUGCCAACAACGGCGGUGGGGGCGAGAGGGUGUUAUGGCAGGCGGUGCAGGCUACAUUGGCGACUAGCGACCGGAAUAUUGUGGCCAUAUAUACCACUAAUUACGAAAGCGACCCCACGCUGAUCUUGGAUAAAGUGGAGGCCAAGUUCCAGAUUUCUCGUUUGGACGAAGACCGUAUUGUGUUUGUUUAUUUGCGGAAAUACGCCCGGUUGAUCGAUGGGGAUUACUGGAAACGGUUCACGUUGAUCGGGCAGCUAUUUGGGUCCAUGGUGUUGUCAUGGGAGGCGAUGUUCGAAUUAUCUCCUGACGUGUGGAUUGAUACCAUUGGGUUACCUGGAAGCUAUUUGUUGGUGAGCUUGGUGUUGAAGAUUCCAAUCAUGAGCUACGUGCAUUACCCUAUCAUCCAGCCAGAAAUGUUCAAUAAGUUGAAAUUCCAGGGCUUAUCGCAAAUACGGGUGCCCAAAUUGAGUGAGAUCAAGACCGAUGUAUUUUCUAUUGGGAAAUUGAUUUACUGGUCUGGCGUAUUUUACUUCUAUAAAUAUUUGGGGUCUUUGGUCAAUAUCACGUUGGCAAAUGGCUCUUGGACAUUCAACCACAUUUCCAACAUCUGGACAAUAAAUAAGGAUGAAGCAGGCUACGAGAUGGACAUUUUAUAUCCUCCGUGUGGAACUGAAACGCUAACGAAGAACGUAGAAACAUUGGGAUCCAGAGAAAAUAAAUUACUAUUUAUCGCCCAAUUCAGGCCUGAAAAGCGUCAUUCGUUAAUAUUGCGUCAGUACUCAAAGUUUUUAGUCAAUGCAACUAGCAUAGGCACUCCAUUAAAGAACAUACCCACAUUGGUUUUCCUUGGCUCCUGCCGUACUCCAGAUGAUACUAAAACGCUCCAUGACUUGAAACAAGAAGUUGACGAUUUGGAACUAAAUGGAUAUGUCGAAUUUGUGGUAGACUGUUCUUACGAAGAUAUAAUGGUAUGGCUUUCAAAGGUGAAAUUUGGACUCAAUGCGAUGUGGAAUGAACAUUUUGGUAUCGGAGUAGUCGAAUAUAUGAGUCGUGGCGUUAUUCCAUUAUGUCACGCCUCUGCGGGACCAUUAUUAGAUAUAGUAACUAACUGGGACAAUGAACCAACAUCUGUUUCGUGGUACAACAAUACAGGAUUUUUCUUCAAAGACAAGUCUGAUCCCGACUUCGAUUUGAGCUUGCAAUCAGAUACCGCACUGGAAUUCCUACAAUUUUCCAGCCGCGAUAACAAGGACUCUACCAGCACAUACCCAACACUUGCGAGGUUACUUGACGAGUUAUUCAUAACAAACCCGGACUUGAUUUCAGAAACUAGGUUGCAAUCAAUGAGAGAGAAUGGCGUAAAAUCGGUUUUAGAGAAAUUUUCUAACGGUGUUUUUACCUUAAAGUGGAUGCAAUACUCUAAUCAGUUAGGUGAUUUAGAAAAGUCAUAUCGAGAGGAAAGAAGAAGUGGUAUUGAAAAAGUGUAUUAA